GUACAAAUGAAAUACUGCAUAUGUGGUGUGAACAUCCUGCAUAAUAGCUUUCUCAGUCACCACUUGGAUCCUACAAUGUUUAAUCUACAUCUGGGAGAUGCAUAAAGAUAAAGGCAGACAGACUGCAUGCCUCACUUGCAUCUCAAGAGAGCUAGUAAGCUGCCCGUCAUAGUUUUGUCUGCUUUGGCAUGCAGAGCAGGCAGCCGUUGGUGUUUGGAGGCCCUCCUUGCCUGUGAAGUAGUAGAAGAGGGUGGCACUUUCUGCUGCUGCUGCUGCUUGGAAAGAAAAUUGAUUCUGUGCGUCGAUGAUGACUUCAGCAGCCUGCUCUCCGUGCGUUCAGCUAGGCAAAGGACUACAGCAGAAGAAACGGGGGCUCACCAUGCCUGACGGCUCUUAGCCUAAUUAGCUGUCAGCUCCAAGAGUCUGUCUGUCUGUCUUUUAGGAGCAACGAUACUGCAUGGCUUGGAAAAAGGAACCUACCUGCUAUGGACAUAUCCUAAAGAAAAGGGCAGAUAAAUUAUUCAUACUCUGUUAAAGAUCUGCUCCAACAAUCUCAAAAAUACCAGCUUGUAAAAAUGAACCUGACUAAUGAGGAGGCAGAGUUGGUGGAUCAAAAACUCUCUGAUCCCUUCAGCAACUCCUCAUUACUGCACACUGUAAAUGGGACCUUCAGAGAUUUUCAGGAAAUUAUCCAUACUGCCACACUUGUUACCUGCACCUGUUUACUGGUGAUAAUAUUUUGCCUGGGAUCUUGUGGGAACCUAGUUGUCUUCUUAUCUUUUUUUGAUCCUGCAUUUAGAAAAUUCAGGACUAAUUUUGACUUCAUGAUCUUAAACUUGUCUUUCUGUGAUUUGUUUAUCUGUUGUAUUACAGCACCUAUGUUUGCCUUUGUUUUGUUUUUUGACGCUGCAAGCAAUGUGCCAGAGGCAUUUUGUUUCACUUUUCACUUAACCAGCUCUGGAUUUAUUAUUAUGUCUCUCAAAACUGUUGCUGUCAUUGCCUUGCACCGCCUGCGCAUGGUUUUAGGUCAGCAGCCUAAUAAGACUGCCUCUUUUCCUUGUACACUUUUGCUGACUGCUGUCCUGUGGACUACAAGUUUUACUUUGGCCACUCUAGCUACUUUACGGACUUGGAGAUCCCGGAUAUGUUUACCAAUGUUCAGUUUAAUUAAUGAAGAUGGAAAAAUCAUUCUGUACUUGUAUAUAAUUGAUUUUACAUCUUGUGUUGGCAUUGUGUCAGUCUCAUAUAUUAUGAUAGCCCAGGCAUUACGAAAAAAUGCUCAAGUUAGGAAGUGCCCCAUCAUUACAGUGGAUACCUCUAGACCACAGCCUUUUAUUGCUACUGGGGUUGAUGGUGUACAGUGUGCUUUGCCAGCAUUGUACAGAAACCAAAACUACAACAAACUUCAGCACAUUCAGACUCAUGCUUACACCAAAAAACUGAGUCAGGACCCUAUGGCAGGAAACCGCCUGCAGCUUGUAUCUGCAGUGAAUCUUUCCGCUACAAAGGAUUCAAAGGCUGUUGGGACCUGUGUUGUGAUUGUUCUUUCUGUUUUAGUCUGUUGUGUACCAUUGGGAAUUGCAUUGGUGCAGGAUGCACUAUUUUCUGCUAAUAGUUUUCUUCUCUAUCAAUUUGAGCUUUGUGGAUUCACACUUGUUUUUUUCAAGUCUGGAUUAAAUCCUUUCAUAUACUCAAGAAACAGUGCUGGCCUUCGAAGACGGGUACUUUGGUGUAUCCAGUAUGUGGCCCUGGGCUUCCUUUGUUGCAAGCAGAAGACUAGACUUCGAGCAAUGGGUAAAGGUAGUUUGGAGGUUAACAGAAAUAAGUCAUCACACCAUGAGACAAACUCAGCAUACAUGCUGUCUCCAAAACCUCAGAAAAAAUUUGUGGACCAAGCAUGUGGCCCUAGUCACUCUAAGGAAAGUGUGUUGAGUCCAAAAGUAUCUGUGGGUUACCACCAUUAUGCCCAGAGCAGUUCAACUCCCAUCAACACCCGAAUAGAACCAUAUUAUAGUAUUUACAACAGUAGUCCAUCACCGGAAGCAAGUACACCAAAUAGCUUGCAGCCUGUAAACUCAACUUUUGGAUUUGCCAAGUCCUACAUUGCCAUGCAAUACCACACUACCAGUGAGCUAAUGCAGGAUUAUGAAAGCAACUGUAAACAAAUCCCAGUCCCUUCAGUUUGACAGUAUGGUUAUCGCAGUAUUAUUAUACAUUGUUUUAGCACUUUCUUUUUUAAACUCACAGCUGUUUUGUACAUCUGAAAAACUAUUGAGUCAUGUUUUGACUCGGAUUAUUAGUGUUUUUCCAUUUCAAAGCUAAGCAUUAAAUGCUUGUCAGUAUGUAAUUCUAAAAAAAUAACUAUCUAUCUAUAUAUAUUGAGAAAAAAAUAUAUUUUCUGAUACUGCAUUUUCACCUUAAAAGUUGUACAGAUUUACAUGUUAAUUGAAUAAUACAGUUGUUCAUAUUUCAUUUGGAUUGUAUGCAUAAAUUCAUAUAAAUAAAAUUUUCUAUUUGCAAUUUUAA